GCAAGUAUUUGUUGAAUAUAAAAGUUCUGAAAGUUCUUCAUUUGCUUCAUUAGCUUUUGUAUGUAAUUAAAAAAAAAUCAAACUAGAGAAACAAUUAAGUUGGUAAAUUAGUGAAAGACGGAAAAACUUACUCGUUACCAGUGCGCGGAAGCAUGGCGCUGAAUGUGAGCGCGAGCUGCGCGCUGUGCGCGUCCCCGUCUCCGCCGCCGCGCACAGGACCGGACUCCGGCGCUGUUUCUGCUACUCUGGCUGCGAUCCUCAUCUUCACCAUCGUGACUGAUGUGAUGGGAAACGUGCUGGUCAUUCUGUCCGUCUACCGCAACAAGAAGCUCAGGAACGCAGGUAAUAUAUUUGUGGUGAGCCUUUCUGUGGCUGACCUGAUCGUGGCGCUUUACCCCUACCCCCUGGCCCUGCUGGCUAUCUUCCACGGCGGCUGGACGCUCGAUGCAGUGCAGUGCCAGCUGAGCGGCUUCAUCCUGGGCCUCGGUGUCAUCGGGAGCGUCUUCAACAUCACAGCCAUCGCCAUCAAUCGCUACUGCUACAUUUGCCACACGGUGCACUACGAGCGUUACUACACACGUCGCAACACUUGUCUGUGUUUGGGUCUAACGUGGGUUCUGAGUGCCAUCGCAACGCUGCCCAACUUCCUGCUCGGUUCGUUGACGUAUGACCACCGGGUCUUCUCCUGCACAUUUACGCAGACAGUUAGCUCUUCAUACACAGCUUCUGUGGUGCUGGUCCACUUCCUCAUCCCAUUAACCAUCGUGUCCUUCUGUUACCUGCGUAUCUGGAUGCUGGUGAUCAGGGUCAAAGGUCGUGUGCGACCAAGACCCUGGGCACGGGCCGCUGACCUGCGCCACUUUCUAACCAUGUUUGUAGUGUUUGUGCUUUUUGCGGUGUGCUGGGCACCGCUGAACUUCAUUGGCCUGGCUGUGGCACUAGAUCCAGUCAACAUGGCACCAAAAGUCCCUGAGUGGCUCUACGUGGCCAGCUACUUCCUGGCGUAUUUCAACAGCUGCCUGAACGCUGUUGUCUACGGCCUGCUUAACCAGAACUUUCGUCGAGAGUACCAUCAGAUCCUUCUCUCACUUUGCGCACCCCGAGCUCUGCUUUCUUAUAACUCCAGAGGCAAGCUGAGGAGCAAGCAAUCCCCUGCCGUGACCAACAACAUCCUGGUGGAGGCUCACCUGUGAGGGGGUAGAGCUGUUCCAAAGUAACCUGCUGGAUGCUCAGUAAAUGCUUGAAGGAAAGACUCUACAUAUUGAACACUGUCCAAACAAGCGAUUCUUUCUGAGCUCUGUUCUGCAACAGCUUCCAUUGCAACCCCAUGGUCUACCAGCAACAAGGACAAACUGAUGGAGGAUCAACUGCACGGGGGUAGAAUAAAUGUUUCUUGACUGCAUAUUUCUGUCAUUUUGACAGACACCCUUAUCCAAACUGACGUACAUUUUAUACAACUUAACAGUUGAGGGUUAAGGGCUUUGCUCUGAGACCCAGCAGUGGCAGCUUGUUGGAUCUGAACUCACAACCUUCUAAUCAGUAGGCCAACACCUUAACCACUAAACUACCACAUCCCCGCAAUAUAAAUGAGUUUACGCAGAUGACAGACCUAAGUGCCUUUAAAGACUGCUACUAUGGACUUAAAUAAUGUUUAUCUUUUGGGGUGGUGCUAACAAAAUGAAAAAUAAGUUAGUUUGACAAUUGAAUUGAAUUAAGCCCACAAAACCAGGUUUCUUCGAAGAGUGCAGGUUUACAUUUUCAAUCCAAGCAAAACUAGCAUAUGAUCAGCCAUGCUAGUGUCUAUAUCACAUAGAUGACUACAAAAGUCACACAAUUGAGUGGACCCUGUAUUGAGUGGACCCUGUAUUGAGUGGACUCUGUAUUGAGUGGACUCUGUAUUGAGUGGACCCUGUAUCGAGUGGACUCUGUAUCGAGUGGACUCUGUAUCGAGUGGACUCUGUAUUGAGUGGACCCUGUAUCGAGUGGACUCUGUAUUGAGUGGACCCUGUAUUGAGUGGACUCUGUAUUAAGUGGACCCUGUAUUGAGUGGACCCUGUAUUGAGUGGACUCUGUAUUGAGUGGACUCUGUAUUGAGUGGACCCUGUAUUGAGUUGAUCCUGUAUUGAGUGGACUCUGUAUUGAGUGGACUCUGUAUUGAGUGGACCCUGUAUUGAGUGGACUCUGUAUUGAGUGGACCCUGUAUUGAGUGGACCCUGUAUUGAGUGGACCCUGUAUUGAGUUGAUCCUGUAGCUCCUGAUGCAACACCUUCGCCUUUAAAUGCAAAAGGAAAAGAGAAACCAACUGACCAACUAGAAGACCAACAAGAACAUAACCAGCAAAAAAGCCAAAGCUGACAAGUGACCUACAAUCCCGUGGAGGAUCAUCUGUGGAUGUGGGACUAAAUACCAAAAAGUUUGACUGCACAUUCGAGAAGAUCAACAACACAAGCAACGAAGAAUCCUCCAGUCACAUGAUGUACUGUUUACAACACUCACACUCACACACACACACACAACAAGAGUGUUAGCAUACAAAACAACCCAGGUCUGGGCUAAUUGUCUCAUUUAGACUUUACAUCAAACAGGUCUAGCUUUCCAGAUGCAAAUGCUAAUCCAGAGCUAAAGCAGUGCAGUCUAAAAAGAAGCUAAGCUGAUAGAUUCAAGCUGGUACUUUUUCCAGCUCUUGCUAACGGUUCUGCAGCAUUUUGAUUCACCUCAGUCUGGUUCUUAGCUUCUUUUCAGAUCACUUCAGUCAGUACUGCUAGCUAGUUAUCAAGCUAAUGUUGGAAAAGCUAAAAACGCAUUUUUAUAUAACCAAUUUGACAUUUGAAUAUAACUUUUAAAUAAUCAACAGCAUGAUGGCUAAUGUGUUCUCUCUCACUGUAGGACGCUAACGCUAAUGCUAAAAAUAGACAUCUGACAUAAAGCUGCUGUUACUGAAGCCACAUUUGAGAGAUUGAGCUCGAUUUUGAAUGUUUUCUAAAACACUUUUGACCAGAAAAUAUGGUUUUACUCAGCAACUAGAGAUGGAUGUUGCACUUGUGAGGAAAACAAAUAAAACUAGACACAAUUUCUAGUUAAUUAAUUUUAAGCAAUGCUUCGACUCUAACACUUUGCUCUCUUUAUGAAAAACAAAAACAAAAAACC